AUGGACUGCUCAGUGAAGAGGGAGGUGGAAGAGGGCAUGGAAGAGGGAGUGCAUGAAUCGGAAAGGAUGCAUGAAUCAGAAGGGCUGGUGCAUGAAUUGGAAUCAGAACCUAACUUAUCCGGAAAUUCCUCUGGUUUCAGCAUAUCGCGAAAGGAUCAUCACAGUUUUUGGCCAAAUUCUAGAAAGAUAAAAUCGAAGGACUUUGUUUGUUCAAAAGCUGGUUUCAAGAAAAGUAAUGAUCUUAAUUCAAGAAAGAGAUUCACUAGAUCAAAUGUCAGAACUGGUUGUCCAGCCAUGGUGAGGUUUGUCAUAGAUGAAAAUGGUUACUGGCAUGUCAAAAGAUUUAUUGAAUCCCACAAUCAUGAAUUAGCUAGCCCAGCCGACCGACACCUUUUGAGAUCAUGUAGGAAUGUUGUUGAGGAAAAAGCUUCCGUCCUAAAAUCGAUGACAGAUGCAGGGAUUAGAACCGUUGAUGCAUAUGCCUACCUUGUAGAGGAAGUUGGUGGAUGUGAGAAUGUCGAAUUCUCUAAGAGGGAUGCCUACAAUUUUAUUCAGAAGGAGAAAAGGGCAAGGAUUGAAAUUGGUGACACUAAUUCUUUGAUUCAAUUAUUUAAAGAUCGACAAGUUGAGGACCACAUGUUCGUAUGGGAUGCUCAAUAUGAUGAUCAUGAUAGAUUGUUAAUUUUUUCUGGGUUGAUGGCAGAAGCAGGAUAG